UUUUCUCGAGAACGUGGGUUCAAAGCCAAGUAGAAAUCCCUCCCUCCUUGAAUCUGACUUCCUCUCUCUCUCUCUGUCUCUCUUAAAACCCAACACCCCCCUCCCUCCUCUCUAGCAACCACACCACCAUGCCCAGACCAACACCCCUUCACCUCCUCCUCUCCCUCUCUUUCUUCAUCCUCUCCCUCACCUUCACGAAUGUUGCUGCUACUUCUCAGCAAUUCAGAGAAGCCCCAGAAUUCUACAAUUCUCCGGAAUGCCCUUUGAUAUUUGUUGACGAAGAUGAGGGCAACAACAGCAUCGUGUGCUCCGAUCACGUAGUCCACGUCGCAAUGACCCUCGACGCUGCCUAUCUCCGAGGUUCCAUGGCUGCCAUUCUCUCCGUCCUUCAACAUUCCUCUUGUCCUCAAAACGUAGACUUCCACUUCGUCACUUCCGCCUCUGCCGACACUGACUACCUCCGCCGCACCAUCGCCAACUCGUUCCCUUAUCUUCGAUUCCACCUCUAUCACAUCGACGACUCCGCCGUAUCCGGCCUCAUUUCCACCUCCAUACGGGCCGCCCUCGACUGCCCUCUCAACUACGCCCGCAAUUACCUCGACAACCUCCUCCCCUUGUGCAUACGACGAGUGGUUUACCUCGACUCGGACCUAAUCCUUGUCGACGACAUCGCUAAACUCUCCGCCACUCCACUCGCAGAUGAGGCAGUCUUGGCUGCCCCAGAAUAUUGUAAUGCCAAUUUCACGUCUUACUUCACGCCGACGUUUUGGUCGAACCCAGCUUUAUCCUUGACGUUCGCAGGUCGCAAGGCAUGUUACUUCAACACGGGCGUUAUGGUGAUCGAUCUCGAGCGAUGGAGAGCAGGAGAUUACACCACCAAAAUUGAAGAAUGGAUGGAACUUCAGAAGCGAAUGAGGAUUUACGAGCUGGGUUCAUUACCGCCUUUCUUGCUGGUGUUCGCCGGAAGCAUUGCUCCCGUUGAUCACCGGUGGAAUCAGCACGGCCUCGGGGGUGACAAUUUUCGAGGACUUUGCAGGGAUCUUCAUCCAGGCCCUGUAAGUCUUUUGCAUUGGAGUGGGAAAGGUAAACCAUGGGCUAGAUUGGACGCGAAUCGGCCAUGCCCAUUGGACGCCUUGUGGGCUCCUUACGAUCUCUUACAAACUCCUUCCGCUCUUGAUUCCUGAAGGAUGCGAGAGUGCACGAGAGAAAGAAAGAGAGAAAGAGAGAGGACGAGGGGGAGAGACAAGUAAGAUAGAGACUAGAGAGAGACACAAAUUAAGCUUGGGAGGUGGAAUUUGUUUCGUUUUCGCAAUAUUGGCUAAUCUCUCCGGCGCAUGUUAGUCAUAGGGACGGCGAACAGUGGAGAAUUAAUUAACUACAUAUCUACAUUAGAUUUGAAGCGGUUCGGUAAACAGAGCCUGAUAUCCGACGUUGCAGAUCUCGUUAUUUCUCCUCCCUGUCUCCCUAUCUCAGGUGUUUUAUUGCAGGUCAGAGGAUAGUCCAUGGGGAUUUUGUCUGUAAAUCAUAUCGAUAUUUACAGAUGUUUGAAGAAGCUUCUCUUUUUUUGGUUCUGCAAGCAACUGCAAAUGCAGAGACUUAGAGUUACAGUACAGUGCUUAUAGAAGAGGGCAAAUAAAAAAAAAAGGGAAUACUAAAUUGUUCCAUCUGUAUUCAAUGUAGAGUUAAUUUGUAGAGCGAACGAACACCAUUUUGCUUUUCCCUUUUUUUUUUCUGACUUCAUGAAUCAUGAUUUAUUUGUUCAUGAAACUCUCUUGUAAUAAAACAGACAAAUAAGAUAUGAAUAACAUCUGGGAUUUUUUUUACAGGUAA